UUAUAUACAUCCUCCAUGGUCAUCAUAACACAUCAGUUCGAAAGUACCGAUAUUGUUAGUGAUACAACAACGUCGCGUCAAAUUAAAUUAUUACCUAAGAUGAAGUCGUUUACUUUUGCUACCUUAUUUUUGAUCGCUUUCGCUGUUACGUUGGCCGAAGAUAAAUAUACCAAUAAAUAUGAUAAUUUCGAUGUAGAUUCCGUGUUACAAAAUGAUAGAAUUUUGUCCAAUUAUAUCAAAUGUCUUUUGGGAGAAGGACCGUGCACCAACGAAGGACGUGAAUUGAAGAAGGUUCUCCCAGACGCCCUAUCCUCCGGUUGCGACAAAUGUAACGAAAAACAAAAAUCCGUCUCACGCAAAGUUCUCGUCCACUUGAUCGAAAAGAAACCAGCCGAAUACAAGAAGUUAUCCAAGAAAUACGACCCAGAUGGCAAAUUCGAACAAAAAUACAGAGCCGAAAUCUUAAAUGAAAAACCUGCUAAAGCUUAAAAAUUUCGACAUGUUCUCGUUAUCUUAUAAGUUUCGCUAUAUUUUUACGUACGAUAGGUAUAUUAUGUUAAUAUACGGUUCAGCGCCUGUGCUAAUUUUGUAAAAAGUUUCUUUUUUUAUAUCUUGUCAAGUACCUAUAUAAUAUUUAUUAAAUUAUUAUUCUCAUACA